AUGCCUUAUGCAAACCAGCCCACCGUAAAAAUCACAGAACUUACAGAUGAAAAUGUCAAGUUUGUUAUUGAAAAUACGGAUUUGGCGGUUGCCAAUUCUAUUAGACGUGUCUUCAUGUCAGAAGUGCCCACAGUAGCAAUCGACUGGAUCCAGAUUGAUGGCAACUCAUCUGUGUUGCAUGAUGAAUUCAUCGCGCACAGAGUCGGUCUCAUUCCGCUCACUAGUGACGAUAUUGUUGAAAAAAUGCAGUACUCCAGGGAUUGCACCUGCAAUGAAUUCUGUCCAGAAUGUUCUGUCGAGUUGACAUUGGAUGUUCGUUGUACAGAUGAAAAGACGCGUAAUGUCACCUCACGUGAUCUGUUGUCCAACAACCACAGAGUCAUCCCGGUCACAUCAAGGAGUCGAGACAAUGAUCCUAAUGACUACGCUGAACGAAAUGAAAUUUUGCUGGUGAAGCUUCGCAAAGGGCAGGAACUGCGAUUGAGAGCUUAUGCCAAAAAAGGAUUCGGUAAGGAGCAUGCCAAGUGGAACCCAACUGCCGGAGUGGCUUUCGAGUAUGACCCAGACAACGCGUUGAGGCACACUGUCUACCCCCGACCCGAGGAAUGGCCCAAGAGUGAAUAUUCUGAAAUUGAGGAGGAUGAGGUCCAGGCUCCUUAUGACCCAAAUGGGAAACCAGAAAGGUUCUACUACAACGUGGAGUCUUGUGGCUCCCUACGACCUGAGACUAUUGUCAUGUCCGCUCUGGCCGUCCUCAAGAAAAAGCUGAGCGACCUGCAGACUCAGCUCAACCAUGAAAUCCAGAGUGAUGUGCUGACUAUAAACUGA